UUUUCUUUUAAGAGUUUCACCUCACAGGUUUAUAAAUAGUGGAUCUGAAUUUUGUUUCCAAGUCCAAUCCCUCUUCACCUUCUUGAAUGACACAUCCACACAACACUUACCGUCAUUCAACUGGUACCGACGACGUUGCCGCACCCACGAUCUUUGAUCAAAUUCAACCUUAAUUGAAAUGGAAAACAACCUAAAGGAACAAAACCUUCGGUGUCAAACCCAGAAAAGACCGUUACCGUUUCGCCGGUGGAUUGUCCGGCGGAGGGAAAAAUUAAAUUAAAGUGGAAGGAAUGAAUAAUCAUGUUCUGACACAGAAAUCAGCUUGAGAAAUAACGAUUACAACAUGGACGGAAGAACGGCCCCAUGGAUUCGAUUUUGCGACGAGCGCUGAUGAUGAGAUGCGGUGGUAGGUGAAUUGAGAAGGGCCGGGUGCUUUGAUAUACAGAUUGAAAGAUAGAGGGUGAAUGAGUGGUGCCCAGGAAGACGGUCAGAAUUAGAGGUGAGUGGGCGGUGAGACACGGUGGAGAGUGGCGGUCGGAAAAGAAGUUGUGAUGGAAAAGAGAUGAAGUAGAUUUGGUACAAGCAGAUGUAUGCGAGCUUGACAAAAACAUCACAAGUCGCCAAUCAGUUGGCUUAAGAGUCUAGUGCAAUCCAUCAUGACCAUGUUGAAGAAUUUUCUUUUGACAUUAUUCUAUAUGAUUCUAGUAAUGUCUGCAGCAUUUGCUGGGCUGGUGUGGGGUGGCUAUAUCUCUGCCACAAUUAGACCAUACUUUUUAUGGGCUGAUCUCCUAUUUUUCGAACAAGCUGCUCUUGGUUUAUUAAGAGUCGAAGUCCAUGUUUUAUCUUAUUGUGGAAUCCUUCAUUUCUUAAGGGGAACUAUUGGUCAAGAAGAGAUGGAUAUUGUUGUUGGUGCAAUUGCAGUUGUUAUAUCUGUGGUUUUUGCUCCAACGUUAAUUUUCCCCAUAGAAUAUGUGAGGAUUCAGAUACGGUGGAUGCCCUAUCAUGGUAUUUUUCAUUGUAUUACUCAAACCUUCCAAGAAGGAGGAGUAUUGAGAUUUUACACUGGAUUUGCGGACCAUUACUCUAGGAUUGCUCCUUACCUUGCGAUGGUUGCUAUUUUGACAUUCUUUCUCGAGGAUGAUUGUUGUUCAUGGUCUCCAAGCAGAGUAAUCAAGAGUAUUGUGAAAUACAUUCCCUUUGUGUAGAAAAUUGUGUUUUUGAUUGAAACUUGUAAAUAUCUAAUCUGUAUAGAAAUUUGUGGUUGUGGUUGGAAACAUGUAAAUGCUUAAUCCGUUCAGAAUAAUCUGAAUUUCCAGCUUAACUUCAUUCACUACACGUUUGCUAAUUUGAAGAUGCUUUAUUUUCUUAUUA